AUGCAGCAAAGUAGCCAUCGCUCGAUUUUAGAAAUCACUAUAAUAUCGGCUCAAGACCUCAAGAAGUCAACUUCCACCACGGUCUUCUCCCGCCAUAUUCGGCCAUUCAUUACACUAAGCAACGAUAUAAACGCUAAAACGUACAAAACCAGGGUAGACGAUAAAGGAGGGAUUAACCCCUCGUGGGGCGACAAGUUCCGGCUACCGUUUGAACAAUUCUUAGUAAACAAGAGGUGCCCGGGAAUUUACCUUCGGCUUUACACCAAGAAUUUUCUGAUGGGCCGGACUCAACUGGGUUGGUGUCUGAUUCCAGCUGCUGAUAUCGUGAGCCGGUUUUCCCCAGUUGGUUUGGUUCAUUUCUUGAGUUACCGGCUAAGGGCUAGAGAUGGUUCAAGAGGUAAUGGCGUGGUCAAUGUUGCGGUCAAGCUUGAAGGUUCAGAUGGCUUUGUUUGUCCUCUGAGGGACUUGACUUCCGAUGUCUCUUACCUGCAAGAAAUGCGAGAUAGUCGUGAGUCGGUAAUUGGAUUUCCGGUCAAGUAA